UUCCCGACGGACGUGUUCGCGGUUGUACGCAGAAGAGGACACUUCUUGAGAUCACGCUGCAGACGUUUUUUUCUAUUAGUUCGAAAAAUUAUUGCGCCUAUGCUUUCGUGAUAGAUUCUGUAAUAAAUUAUACUUUAUUUUUCUCUUAAUCUGUGUUCUGGCUUAACAUAAUAUAAUCGGCCUCGAGAGCAACUGCGAUCGUUAACUGCUGACAAAGGGAUCAGCCCGUGUAAGAAGAACGAGUCGGGUCGCGUUUUCUGUGUGUGAAAAUAUGGCGUCCGCUGUCGAUUGUUGUUGCAAUGGGACUGCAUUUCUGUCUGUUUCUUCGAACGCCGAGUAGCAUUCCAGGAUAAUCGAUAUCCGCUAGUGCGAUCAAUGAUGGAUUGUUGUAGCCGGGAUGUUCUAUGUGAAUGUCGGGGUUAAUUACCUGCACGAAUGAUGGGUGCAAUUUUACCAGUGAAUACUUGCAAAGGUGUCUGGAAAAAAUUAAACACCACAGAUGGAUCGUACGGCUGUUGUUUUUGUGUAACUUCAAAUUCUAUGAUCGAUCGUUCAGUGCUGCUAGACCAGUGAGAAAUAGUCAAUGGUUCCCAUCCGACACCGUCCUACUGACAACAAAUUGCGGUUAGGUACUUCCAAUGCACGGUUAUGCAAAGUAAGCCAAUACAUCACGCAUCGGUGCUUUACCUCGAAGGGGAGAAGAUAAAUUGAAAAUUCCUCUUAUUGCCUCAAUUUUGUAUGCAAAAAAGUUUCCCAUAUUUUUUGUUAUUUUCACUUAAAAACCAGUCUUCGAACGCGAUCUGUUUGUGUAUUAGUUUGCGGGAGUAUUGGUUCGCAAGGUUUAAACCGUCUGCCCCGUUCCGUCAGUGUAUGUGAACGCGCGUGUGAAAAGGUGUAUCAAUGAAGAAUUACUCUUGGAGAAUACCAAUUGCGCAAAACAUUAGCGGGCCGCGCAGCGCACAAAAGUAAAGCCAAAGCCGUGAAGAAUACAUCCAGAGAAGAAAGAAAACAACAACAGCAGUAGAAAUAAUCUACCUUCUUUCUCGGUGCAGUUUGGUGGCGGCGAACGCUGCAAACGUUGCAGCUUGCUGCGCCGGGACCGGAGAAAAAGUCAGCCUAAAUAAAUUCAAGUGAGUUCGACGAGGUUACAAGCGACGAACUGCAAAUAGAAGAGAGAAAGGCAAUUUCGUUUGCGUAGGUUCUUUGGAGAGAGCACAGUGGGAUUCCUGUUCGGAAAAGAUCAAAAUCAAUAGACCAUGUGAAACAGGACAAAUACCCCCAGACAUGCAUAAUGAGUCUACAGUACAUCCAACGAGGGAUAAACCGCUCCCCAACAGUGUACCGGAAAACACAAGUCGUUCCCCCUUACACGAUGCGGCAUCGAAUGGCGACGAGGCGGCGGUGGAAGUACUGCUGGCUACUGGAGCCGAUCGAAACGCGAAGGAGUUACUGCACGGCAAUACCCCACUACACGAGGCCGCCUGGAAAGGUUACAGCCGCUGUGUGAAAAUCCUAUGUUCCUUACCUAAAGUGCACAAAUCGAACACUGCCAGCAACGCCAAUCACGCCAAACUGCCGAUCGAUCUAAUCAAAGACUCAAGCAAAAUCAAAAACGUGCUACAAGACACCAAAGGAGCACUACACAGCGCCCUGCUUGGCACGCGCAAUUCCGGCGGUUUUUCGGCGCUCCAUCUGGCAGCUCAGAAUGGGCAUAACCAGAGCUGUCGAGAGAUACUGCUGGCCGGUGCCGAUCCAGAUGUACAAAACAAUUACGGCGACACUCCGCUUCAUACUGCGUGCCGCUACGGGCAUGCCGGUGCCAUCCGAAUUCUCCUCUCGGCCAAGAGCGACUACGAGCGGAUCAACCUGAACGGCGACACGGCUCUGCACAUUGCCUGUGCUAUGGGUAGGCGGAAACUGACCCGAAUUCUGCUCGAGGCCGGCUGCAAGCAAGACACGAGGAAUGCUCAGGGCGAAACACCGAGGGAUAUCGCCACCCGUAAGAAUCUUGUCGAAAUUAUCAAUAUCCUCAACACCCCCGUUCAGAUCUCAGCUCGACAUGCUCGCGAGCGCAGCUCCAGUAGCUCCCACCGUAAGGAUCGUAAUGGCAAGAGCGGAGAACGAUCACGCACCAAGGAAGAUCACAAGUCUCGCGACAAAUCCCGUGGGCGUAGUGGUGGAACCCACGAUCCACGAUACGAUGUCGAUCCGCAGCACUGGUCACCGUACGGAUGCCACUACUUUCCGGACCCGAGAAAUUUUCCGUCACCCAAGUUGGAAACACUACCCAAAGAACCUCUGGCGAAAGGGGAGCAAUAUUAUCUCGAUUUGGCCGGGAAUAUUAGGAAAGGUCCGGUAGGAGUGGGCAAUACGUGCUACUGUGCUCCCUUCUUCAAACAUUUGGAACAACGGAUGAACCAGAACAGAAAGAGCAUACGAAAGUACGUACACCGGGCAACAGAGAAACUGGAUAGUCGCAUGACGGCACUAGCUAUGAAAACGGAUGAUCAAAUCGAAGAGUUGACAAAGACAAUGAUCGCAAGUCGGGUACAAUGUGAGAACAAACGGUUGCACUUGGAGCAAUGGCUGCGACGUGGGAUAACCGAGCGAUCAACCGGUCAUCACAACUCAAAAACCAAGAAGGAUGAAGCAAAUACCAAUACCUUAACGCGCUGUCGCAGUCUAGAACUGUUGGACGGUAGUGAGGAUAUUCUAACGGACCGAAUAAAAUCGUCAACGCCCCAAUUUUCUCGCAGUAUAGACUUCUUGGACUCACAAGAUCACAAGCAUCCCGAUUAUUCGGAUCAUUUUGAGAGUUCAAACAACUCUAACAUGAAAAAUCACUCAGAAGUGGACGAAUCAAGUCGACGGACACCACUGCGGAAGUUUGACGCAGAACGCCAUCAGUUAAAUGGAAGUAAACGGUCUUCAUCGGUAAGCCAAUCCGGACGUGAUAGCUAUUACUGUUCCGAUAAGGAUAAUGAUAAGGAAAAAAAUAAUGUGAUAUACCAGAAUCGAGUACCAAGCUCCGCGUAUGAAGAUACAUCAUCGAAGGAAGAGCGGAAAAUAUCAUCAUCCGCAGGAUCGUCGAGCUACGACCAUAAAAACGAAAAGAUUAAGGUUACCGAGAGGCUUGAAGAAUUACUAAGUAAAACCAAGAAAAUUCUAGAGCUGGAGAAAAUGACCAAGAAGAAACAUAGCGAUAAUAAAUAUAUUCUCGCGUUGGACCGCCUAAAAGACAUCCAUCAUUAUGACAGCAGUCCCCAAGUAUACCAGCAGACAUCUUCGAAGCGUGAUUCUACCAAUCACGGCUACGACAUUGCCCAGGAGAUGGAAAAAAUAGCACAAUCUCUGCUUCCAGCAGCACCGGUAUCACCGGAAAUUUCCAAAGAUAUAUCCACUCGCAAGGAACGGAACUACAGACACCCUGGUGGUCCAACGGGUGGAAGCACAGGUUCAACACCGCAUUCUACGAUGUCUCCAAGUUCCUCACUUCUUGGUGGUAACAAAACACAUUUGAUGAGUAUUCAUCCAGAUGCAAUGAGUGCCCAUAUGACGUCAACUAAUUUCAUCGAAGUUAUGUCAGAAAUAGCAAGCAACCAAGACUCCGAACAAGAGCAACUGCACGUCGAUAGUGUGAAUGCCCCGAUGGUUAACGGAUUCUAUGCAAAUAAUUGCUUCGAGGACAUACCAAGCUCAUCUAAUACGACCAUCAAAUCCGCGCCAAACCACAGUCGGAAGAAACAGAAGGAACAAGAGGGCGAAGAAUGCGCAGAUAGUGAUGAAGAUGAUGAGGAAGAGGAAGCGGAUGAUAAUCAAGAUGAAGAAGACGGUAAUCAAGAAAACCAGGAAGAAGAUUGGGAAUCCGAUGAUCAAUGUGACCUUUCAGAUAUGGCAAACCUGGCUCAAUUAAAAGAGCUAAAGAGUAGAAUAUUAAACGGAACCAACUGGAGAAGUCAGGUUCUACAAAAGAGCGUCCAUGAUCUGUUUCAAAAAGUUUCUGAUCCUGAAAAUUCUGUAGUACAACAAACCAAUUCAGACAGUAACGAAGUAGAGCUGGCCGAUAGUGCAGAAAAGAAUCGCGUGAAAUAUAUUAUCUCCAAACUGCAAAACAGCACCAUACAGCAAGUAGAUCCUCCGAAGGGACACGCGCCUUUAGCUCAGGAUGACAACUAUUCGGACACCAGCGAGGAAGAUGACCUUGACUGUGUAGACGGGCCUCCACCGUUAGCAGAUCGUCCAAUUACCGCUAAGAGCCUGAUUGAGAUGUACGAGAAAGCUCUUCCCAAGGUGGAAAAUCAACCAGUCGCUGCAAUCCGGCAGCAGUUCUUUAUACCAAAGGACGCCUACUUUCACGAGUUGCCAAACAGACCGAAACCUCCCCUCAAACCACCAGAUCUAACUUCUCAUCUGUCUCACCCAACGCUCCAAGACCAAAUACCCUUAUCGACUCACGCUAGAAGUCGAAAUCCUCUGCCGUCCUACUUGAACGACAAUGAAAUUUUCCACUCUAACCAAAACUCCUAUACGCAGGAUAAUCCAUCCAGUAGAUUCACUCAAUCUCAUCAAUCAACACCAGCAUUAUACUACCCAUCCCAAUCUCCUCAGUUCAUGAAUGGCAACGACUAUCUCUCUUCAUAUAACUCUCCUCAUUAUGCACCCCAGCUUCCAGUACAGGAAAAAUUACUUACAAGUCGAAAAUACAUCAACCCAUCCGCAUCCUUUGCUAUCUCCGGUGGAAGCACUGGAACACCUUCGCCCGAGUUUCCCUACCAAUUGGUCACCAGCCAACCUCAAGCAAUGCACCAUCUAGCCCACCAUCAUCAUCAUCACCUCCAACAGCAGCAGCAACAGUCAAGUUCCCAACAAUUUCGUAAAUCGCAGGACAACCUAUCGAACGACGAUUCCGGUUACAUCAGUGCCAAAGUUAGCGAAAUCCACGGGCCCGUAAUGCCAAAUGCAGCCAACAGCGGCAGCCCUUCUCCAAUGCAGCCACCACCUAUGGAGGUAAUACCGAUGCCAAGACAGUUCAUACCCUAUCAUAUGGGUAACGCAACGACAACCAGAGGACUGGACAGCGCAGUUGGCGGUGUCGCACCUGGUUCAGGGAUGAUUUAUGAUGAACACUACAACCUUGGUGCUUCUAGUUUAGUGUGAAGUGAGCGUACCGGAGUGAAGCUAGCUUAAGUUAUGUGAAUUUGUACAAAGUUUUUAGAAACCUUUUAAAAGCCGAAUUUUAAAUUAUUCACAUAUUUUUAAUGAGUUUUCGAGUGAAAUACAGUGAAAGUGCACAUUUUAACCAGUGGGGUAUGUUCCAUACAUACCACUUUGUUUUUAAUCUGAACCACUUGUUGUAAAGUACCAAUCGCCAUGUAUUUGUGGUCCAAACAUGUGUAAAUAAAAGCAACUAGUAUAUUUAUAA